CAUAUGAACUGCUUGUGAGGGAUUGCGAGUUCAAAUUUCUUCAGUGAGAAACAUUUUUCGAUCACGAGAUUAUCGUCAUGGCUUUAUAUUACUGCAAAAAACUUCAGCCCAACUUGGAUUGUAAACUGUUACUUUCUCAACUGCUUCUUUUUGAUCGGUUGUUCCAAAGUUUUAUUUCCAGUAGGGGGCCAGUUUACUGCAAGUUUAUAUUUCAGCCAUGGCUUCGAAAAGGGGGUGUUGCAGUUGUUGUAGCAGGAGAGCUUUGAUCAUUGGCUUUGCUGUCUCAGGAACCUUUCUUCUUCUGUUGGGCUUGUUACUCAGUGUUGGUGGUGUGGGCUCUUUCAUGAUCAAAAGGCAAAUAGAAAAGAAGGUCCAGUUGAAACCUGGUGGCUUGGUUUUCAAGGAAUGGAAACGUCCAUCCGUCCCCAUUUUCAUGCAGUACUUUGUGUUCAACUUGACAAACCCAGACGAGGUAUUUGCAGGAACCUCUAUCCCCAGUGUAACACAGAUGGGACCUUAUUCAUACAGAGAAAUCAGGUCAAAUGACGUGGCCAACUGGACUAAGGAUGAUAGUGUUGUAACAUUCAUGCCAAACAGAACAUACAUUUUUGAUCCUGAUACCUCUUGUGCUGGCUGCAAUGAUAAGGAUGACACUUUUGUUACUGUUAACAUUCCACUAUUAGCCGUUGCUUUGUGGAUAAGAAAUACCAACUAUAGAGAGGAGCAAAAAGACUGUUUUGAUUUCAUACAGAUAGCAGCUAAUGAAGAUGGUGUCAAACUGUUUCAAAGAAAGUCAGUUUUUGAAUUGCUCUGGGGAUAUAAUGACACAUUUCUGGCAGAUUUAGUUGAUGCAAGUAAGCUACCUCCUCCAUUUCCACAAUGUCCAGGUCCUGAAGGAGGAUUGACAGACUUUGUUCAAUUGCAGUACAAUAACACAUAUUACGGCAUUAGUGCUGUUAAUACUGGACAAUCUGACAUCAGCAGACUUGAACAGUUUACCAUGUGGAGAGGACAAACCCAUUUAUCAUGGUGGAGUGACGAAUAUGCAAACAUGAUCAAUGGAACAGAUGGUACACAGUUCUCACCAGAUGUUAGUAAAGACGACAUAUUGUACAUUUUCUCGCCAGAUAUUUGUAGAUCUGGUUAUUUACGGUACGAUUCUGAAGUAACUGAGAAGCGCAUCAAACUGUAUCGUUUCACUAUCCCAGAGGAAAUGUACCUAAGCGGUGACGUAUACUCCCCCAAUAAAGGCUUCUGUGUCUCCCCCGGGUGCUUGCCAACUGGCUUGCUAAAUGUCAGCCUUUGUCAGCCAAUGAAUCCCCCUGUGGUAAUGUCACCUCCACACUUCUAUCAAAGCAACAAGUCUCUUUUGGAAACAGUCAACGGACUUCACCCGAUGAAAAGUGCCCACCAAACAUUACUUGACGUUGAACCAUUAACUGGCAUUGUGAUGCGUGCUGCUAAGAGACUUCAGGUCAACAUUGCUUUGGAGCCGGUGGACACUUUUAAUCAAACCAGUGGGAAAUUUAAACCAGUAUUUCUGCCUGUUAUGUUUGCCAACGAGAGUGCACUGAUCACGGACCAAAAGGCUGCAGAAUUCCGCCACCAAGUGUACCUUCCUAUCAAGUUAACAGAAGUAGUCCAGUAUGUUCUGAUCGCGUUGGGCAGCCUGUUCUUGAUUGAAGCGUUUGCGCUGCUGUUGCCUCCUAACAAGAUAACUAAAAUGUGCUGUGGUAGCGAGGAUGACAGAGACGAUGCCGAGAAAAAACCACUUGUGUAUAAGAGGUAACCCUUACAAAGGUCUAUUUUACUAGUUAGAAGAGCUGUGGUACUCAAAAACCCUACAGACUGAUAAAGCAGAAUACUGGAACACUGGCACAGGGAAUAACCGUAUCUGUAUUCGAAACUGCGAUCAAGAACAUUUACACAAAUGUAGCGUCCAGCCAAGAGAAGAUGAGGAGUAAGACAGUUUCAGGUAUUCCGCUACUGAAAGAGGCCUUUUUGUGACGUAAUCCCUGUCAAGUUAUUUUUAGGUCAUUCUCAGUUUCAGAAAUCCUCGGAGGGUUUAGAAAUAGCCAAUCCUGUGACAGAAAUUUUACUCACGUGACAGCCUAAGAGGCUUCACACACUCUGUAAUCAACGUUCGUGAUCCGCGGGAGAACUGGAAACCAUAUCUAAAAAUAACUUGAGGGACUACCCAGAGAGUAGGACCUGUAUCUUACCCUUCAUUUUCUCUUAGUAAUACUUAUUAUGGGCUACAAAGUUGUUCUUACUUUUGUUUUAAUAUAUACCAGCUGGGUACGAAGUGUAAUAUAGAGAUUUUAGUUUCGAUUUUUGAGUUUGUAAUCAAAAGGAACGGAUUAUAACUGCAUGUUCACAUCGUAGAUAGCAACUACAUUGUACAGUCAGUUCUGCAAUUCUUACAUUUUUUUGAAGAUUGAAUACAGAGAAAACGCAUUCGCUAUUAUGCAGAAUCAUCGCUAUCAGCAACGUCUAGUAUUUAAAGACAUUUUGAUAUAUUUUCGAAGGAAAUACUUUUAAAAAAAUAGCAAUAAAAAUGACAACAGUAGCAAAACAUACAGCGUUAGAUAUUAUCUUUGUUUUGGUAGUUCAGGUCUUCUAUUUAGAUUGAUUUUCAAAUUAUUCCUCGGAAUGUAAGGUGGUUUUGAGCUGUGCUAUUUAUCCAAGAUUUUAUUUUUGACAAGCUGAUCGAAAGCACGACUUUCCUUUAGCUAUAUUAUUAAUAAGUCGGAAUAAAGGUUUGUAAAAACCUUGUAGUUUGACAGUUUAUGCAUCAAAUGUUCAGUUAAAUAAAUUAUAGAAAACGCCAUACAUAUGGAUGUGUACUAGUAUUUUUUUUAGAAUAAAAGCGUUUUCUUGAAGAGUUAUGCCUUAGUUGUAAGGUAACAAGCCGAAAUUCAAAACAUCGGUGCUGCCUCCCCCCCGCCCCCUUUUUUUCUCUUUUCUUUUGGUCGUAUAUGACUUGCGAUAACGCUUAGUUUUAGUUUUUUCAUGAUUCGUUCUCGGGCA